CAGGUGUUGAAGCCGGACGGCGUGUUCAUCGGGGCGAUGGUGGGCGGCGAGACGCUGUACGAGCUGCGCUGCUCCCUCCAGCUCGCCGAGACGGAGAGGGAGGGGGGGUUCUCCCCCCACGUCUCCCCCUACACCGCCGUCACCGACCUGGGCAACCUGCUGGGCCGGGCCGGCUUCAGCAUGCUCACUGUGGACGUAGACGACGUCCAGGUUAACUAUCCAGGAAUCAUUGAAGUCAUGACCGACCUACAAGGAAUGGGCGAGAGUAACUGUGCCUGGAACAGGAAGUCGCUGUUACACAGAGACUCCAUCUUAGCAGCAGCAGCCAUUUAUAAAGAGAUGUACGGGAACGAGGACGGCUCCAUCCCGGCCACCUUCGAGAUCCUCUACAUGAUUGGCUGGAAGCCUCACGAGUCCCAGGCCAAACCGGCGAAGCGAGGAUCCGCCAACGUGUCGUUUGGGGAUUUGUCAAAGAUCAACCAGCCGACCAACACGUCGUAGAAGAGCCGACUGAACAGCUGACACACAAAGAUUGUAAAUAAUAGAAAAUAUUUUAACAUCUGUGAUUCCAGAGAUAAAUGUGUAGAGGCCAAGUGUUGUAAAGUUGUUGUCUGGAAUAAAGUUGAGCAAUGGAAAACAG